AUGAAAUAUGAAAAAAAGGGUCACGUUUUGAACCUCUCCUUUUUUACCAUAUGGCUGGUAAUUUUCUUAAAGAAUAUAAAUGCUACUAUACGCAUUUCAGAUUUUACUUAUCCCAGUGAGAAGGCCGUCCUUAAUGCGGAACAGUUUGAAACUGAGUAUAUAUCCAUUUUGAAGUUGGAAAAUGAUCGCAAAACAACGCCCAAGUUUGAAAUUAGUGAUCGUUAUCUAAUUUCUGAGGACAGGACAACCCAAAAUUGUGAUGCACCGAAUGAUGAUAAUGGAAAGGUGCUCAUAAAAAAAAAUGACAAAGACAAGUUUCUAUUUGUGCAAAAGAAGAAUGAAAAAAUCUUCAUUAAGGAUCGAAAUUAUAAGUGCUCACUUGUGUCCUCUAUUGAGAAAAACGAUCGACCAUAUCAAAUAGUUCAAGAGAACUAUGAGCUGAUAACAGUAGGAGAGAUAGCCAAUUGCGACGAUAAUAACAUCAAAAAAUUCGUAGAUUAUUUUAACCUCUUAGACGUCUUUUUCAUUUCGGAAAAUGAAAAAUGUGAAACUGUUUUAGAAACACCAUUAACUAAAAAUGUGGAAGUAAUGGAAUGCGAAGGUUACCUUGGACAUAUAACGAACUUUCCUGAGCUAAAGCAUAGCACCUAUUACAUCUGCUUCAAAACGAAUGAUUUAACUUUACUAAUUACUACCUUUAUGGCGGAUAAGACAAUUGCUAAUAAUACAUUCUACUGCACUUUCGAUAAUCCAGUCUGCCCCAUAACAAUUAGUGUCAGCCUUUUUAAUAAUGUACCAUAUAUAAUGGAUAAAUCGUUGGUACUUAAACCAGACUGCGCAGUUAUAAGCAGCCCUAUCUACAAAGAUCAUCACCUGCUUAGUGAGGAUCAUUAUAUCUUCUUUUUUAAAAAUGAUAAAAAGGCAUACUACCACGAUAUCUGCAUACUGAAGGAUAAGAAAUAUCAAAAAGUAGGUAACCUAUUUUUUAUAGAGACAUAUAUACCCAUUAUAUGUUUUAUAGGCUCAGAAUGCGUUAUAAAAACAUACACCGCUAUGGGAAAAAUUCAAUACAUUAUGAAUAAUGUAGAAAGCACCACUUUUUCAUGGUCCCGAACCAUCUGCAAUAAUAGGAAUGUGGAAAAGAAUGAUAUAACCACUUACCUAAAAGAAGAAGACGGAUAUUUAUACAUAAUUAGUGAAAAAAUUCUAAAUCAAGAAAACACUUUGUGUACAAAGGACAAUACCAAAUUACGUCACCUACUAUCCAUUGAAUUGGUGGAGAAUCCUCAGUACAACAUAUACUAUUCGCUCAUUAACUCUGUAAUUAAGAACAACACUUGGCAAAACAUUAAAUAUCAUAACUACUCGGGGCCAUAUGUUAAAUACGAAUGCUCUCACGAAGAAAUAGUCAUAAAUGAAUAUGGAAUUUGGAAAAAUAAUUAUGAUAAUGAGUUUAUGCAUAAAAAUCAGCAAUUAAAUUUUAACGCCGAUUUUAAUGCCCUUACUAUGAGGCUAUGCGUGAAGCAAAUUAAUUAUAUUGACAUCGGUUCUGUCAGAAUUGAACAGUUAUUUGGCUUUAAAGUCAAUAACCUAGACCCUUUAGAAGUUAGCGCCAUUGUAUCAUUAUAUAAUCAAGACAUAAACACCAGGCUUCUAAAAUUCGCCAUAAAAGAGGAUGAAGACUGUAAUUCGAGUAAGGGCUUUUUUAUACAUUCCAAGGGUAAUUAUCCUAAGGAAAUCUUUCACAAGAAUAUUAUUGUAGACGCAAGAGCAGAGUACGAAGUGGAAGAGAAUAUCAAUUUAGAUAAACCCAGGUACUACGUAUGCAUGUGUUCGCUUGCAGAAACGUGUAACGAAAAGGACAGCUUAAGUAUCUACGAUUUGUCUACAAACAUUUAUAUAAACAAUGAAAUAAUACCGCCAGGAAAGAAAAAAAAUGUUUGUCAGCUGUUUUCCCCUUGUAACUUUACUGUGAAAUUCGAGUCAGACAAUUUCUCAAACCAGUGGGCAGCAAAAGUUGGAACUUCAUGUAGAACGUACGUAUUCGCAGAUAUAGACAUUAAGUCGCGAAAAAAUGAUAAGUUAAGUAACGACGCUUCAAAUAUAAUCGCUGUUGACUUUAGUAUAUUUUACAAUGUGAGUCAGAUGAACAGUAACAUACUAAAUGAAGACUUGGUUAUCUGUGGAAAUUACAAAGAUCAGAAAUUUAACUUUUCCAUAGAAGCGGAUUUAUUCUUAACCUAUAUCAGUAGUCCGUAUCAGAAAUUCGAAAUAAAAAAUAUCGAAUAUGAAAACCUCUGCAGGGGCAAAAAAACUCUCAACAUAUAUUCCUACCAAAAUGGGGAGAUAAAUCUGUAUAAAAAAAUGGACAUUGACAUAAACAACAAUUCCAGUAAAAUCGAAUUAAAUAUAGAAUAUGACCAUUUAAAAUAUUAUAAAAUAUUUUUUAUAAAAGAAUGUCAUUAUUGUAAGGAGGUUCUCACCUACACACACUACGGAAGUAUCUAUAAUUUGCACAACCCCGUUAGGAGGACAGGGAAAUACUGGGAACCAAAAAUAGCUAAGAGAAAUGUUACCAACUGGCAUCCUAAGAAUUCUAUAGAUCUGUAUAACUGCGCAUAUGAAACAAUGCAGAAUCAUAGACUCACCAGUUUACUCCUUUUUGAUGGACCUCAUGAAGAAAUUAAUUUUUACUGCUAUAGAGGCACUAACUGUUGGCACAAAGCAAAAUUCACUUUGCUAUGGUAUCACUACACUAUAUAUGUUGAAAUUACGGAAACAGAAAGAAUCAUGAUAUCCUAUAGAGAAACUAAAGCAAGAAAAAGCACUACAUCAGAGAUACUAUCAGGCAUAAGGAACUCUGACCUUUACCUCAUAAUCUCAAAGCAUAUCAUAGAUAAAAUUAAUCCAGGACCUUAUAAAAUAAUUUACUCCAGAAAGAUUGGGGAAUCCUUUAAGGAAAAUUAUAUUGGCACACUUCAUUACGUAGGUGCAUCGCGACAACUUUUUCAAAUUAUCGCUACGAACGAAACAGAAAUUACGCUUGAUGGUUAUUUUAAGAAUAUUAAUCAGGAACAAAUUACAGUAAUCAAAUAUUCAACCUGUGAUUUCUACUCUUUCCUGCGCGAUAAUUACGGAAGAUUAAGGAACUUGAAAAAAAUAUAUGGUAGUAUCCAAGAUGAAAUUUUUAGUAAUGUUCAGGAUUGUACAGUAUCUAGUGAAGAUAAGUUGACAUGCAAAAACAUGAAACCGAUAAUGAAAAAAUAUGCCCUAUGUUGGUGUUACGGAAAUAGAGGAAAUUACUGCAAUCGUCUAGAAAAUAUGCAGUUCCUGAUAACAGAAGUUGUUUCUUUGGAUCACUCGAUUAAGCCAAUAGUGCAAAUAAACAAGCCACCAAGUGCUGUCUUUAUGAAUUAUAACACUGAGGGGUAUUUUUUUUUAGUAGAAGAUGAUUGCCGGGACAUCAAACAUUUUCAUUUAAAAUCACAGUUAAAUAAGGAAGAACACAUUUUGAAUCUCUACAAAGAAUUGGAAUACCCCAAAAAAUAUAAUCUAUGCACAUGCAAAGUAACAGAGAACGUUGCCUGUGACAGUGAAAACCACUUUAAGCCUCUGGAAUUGAAAUUGGAUCACACACUAUAUGACGAAAAAAAAUUAAAACACGAUUUGCGACAUUUUAAUACCCGAUUCACGGCAGUAAAAGAUUUCACUUUCAGCUCAGAGUUUAAGCAAUUACUACAUAAAGGUGUAAUACAAGCUAUGGUUUUCCUUCCAGGUUUCACAGCAUACAAAGAAUACGUUUGUCUUUCAGGAGUUCCAUGUAAUGCGCCUAUAAAAAUGCAAACUGUGUUCAGUUCUGAAAUAAAACAUUUUUUAAAUAUAAUGGAAUUUAAAAAAAUAAGAGAAAUUCCUAAAAAAGAAAGCCCUGCCAAGAAAAAAGAAAAUGAAGAAAAAAACGGAGAAAAUGAAAAAAAAAAAGGAGAAAAAGAAGAAAAAGAAGAAAAAGAAGAAGAAAAAGAAGAAAAAGAAGAAAAAAAAGAAGAAAAAGAAGAAGAAAAUGAAGAAAAAAAAGAAGAAAAAGAAGAAGAAAAAAAAGAAAAAGAAGAAGAAAAAAAAAACGAAGAAGAGGAUCCUCUAAUGUAUUCCUCAUAUUUGCGAGCUCACAUUGACGCCACAGAAACAGAAGUAGACACAAUUUAUUUCACAUUAAAUGACACAAAGGAGUGUAAAAAUGAGUAUAACCAAAUUUAUAAAAAAGCAAAGGGAAAAAUUAUUCGCACUCAAGAAAUCGAUUUAACAUUACAGCAAAUUUUAGAUGUUUCGUUCGAUUUGAACAUAGAUUUUGUACCUCCAGAAGUGAACAAACCGUAUGAAAUAUGUGCAUUCCUGAGGUCUACUGACAAGUAUUACUAUAACAUUGGAAAUGUUACCUUCUAUGGACUUUUUCAUGAUGGUAAAGUUGUCGAAAUCGUUUCUGGUGUUCCAUUCAAUUUGGAAUUGAAACAGUUUAACUCAAAAUAUAAUGUACGAAUUCGUUUAGCUUAUGAACAUUAUGGAGAUUCAGAUGUAUGCAAAAAUAACUAUGGGAACAGUGAAAAAUUUUUUUAUUCCGACUCAGUUCAACAACUAUUAGCUCCUGAUGGAAAAGAAGAAAUAGGAGAUAAGGUUACGGUGCACGAAUGGAAAGAUUUGUUAACAAUUUUAGAUGCCGACAACUAUAGCAUCAUGACUUCACAUAGAAACGAUGAUAAAUCCCACAAUUUACAUGUGUGCACUUGUUACGAACUAGUAGAAGGACAGUGCGAUAAUGAAUAUUACUAUUUUGCAAAUUCUAUGAAAAUUAAAGUCCACACAGCUGUUUUGACAGAACCCAAAAUGAAUUCCAUCAUACAUUUUAUGAAACCGUUUACCCUUAGAUUAAAAACAUCCAAAGUGCUAAAUGGAUCAAUUCGAAUUUUCCCAAUUGAUAUAAUGAAAGAUUUGAGUAAAUUAUGUCUUGAAAUAAAUCAGAGGGAUUAUUUUUUAACAUUUCCUGCAAAGUUAGAAGGAUAUGAGCAAACUUAUAAUGUACUUAUUAAUUUCCUCUCUCAAGGAAUCGUCGCAUGUUGGUGCUCAAAGGAAAAAUGUGAAGAUGUUGACUAUUUAAACAAGGUUGCAUUCUUUAAAUUGUCCAGUCCCAGCCUCUUAGAAGUUCACACAGAUAUGGAUGGGUACUUUUCCUUUUCCUUCUUAAAUGAGUGGGUCCACAUAAAUGACAGAAUCUGGUUCGUUGCGGAAAACUUACCAUGCACGGACGAUACAAGUGCAAGCUUAUUUGGUGACAUCAUCUACAUAAAUAACAAGAAAUACCACAUCGAUUGGGAGCAGAGUAUAGAGAUCUAUGGAAAACCAAGAAAAAUCGUUAAGGAAAUAAAUGAUAAUUUCACAUGGAUUUCUAAAAUUUACAAAAUAACCAAUAUUCUAGAGAAUUACAUAAAAAUAUGCUAUUGCUUCUAUUAUUAUAGCGAAAAUUGCAAAGACAGGAAAAAUUACACAUAUAUUGGUUUUGUUCAUAACCAUACGUUAAGAAAAGGAGUUGCAGAUAAGAAUGAUCAAAUUGAUCAGACAAUUAAUAUGUAUGUAUUGAAUGGAAAUUCCAUUAAAUUCGUCCCCAUGAAUUCCUACAACGAUAGUAAUAGAGAUAUUUGCAAUACUAGUAGAAACCAAAGUAGCAGCAUUAUUCCUUUUUUCAAAAAUACCGCCUUCAACUACGUUGGUUUCAAACUGAGAAUAUUGAACAUUUUUAAAAAGCACUACAAGAAUCAAAUAAACUUCGUUGUAUGCUACAGUUCCUACUAUUACGGGUAUAAGAACACCUACCUGUUAAGAAAAGUAGAAUAUAGUGAAUUGUCCCGCGCGCACAAUCCUAUCACUCAUAAUUAUGUGCUGGGACAGGCAGGAAUUACAUCCGAGUCAAGCCAGAAUCUGGGACUGAGAAGAGCAAAUAGAGAAAAAAUUCAGGACCUACUCAAAUCAUACUCAAAAAUCAAACCAAGGAGGACCUUUUUUUACAACUAUUUUAUGGAAGAAGCGCUCUUUAGCGACAGGGAUGUGUUACCCUCAGGAUUUAGUAGUGAUAUCAUGGUCUAUAAGACAGACGACGAAAACGGCGCGGACGAUGAGGAUGACGAAAAUGAUAAAGAAAAAUAUGAUGAAAUAAACAGGCUUAUGGACGAAGAGAUGAAGAAGAGGCAAGAAAAGAAGGAAAAAGCGCAUAGAGAUGGCAAGGAUAAAGAUGGAAAAAGUAAAGGUGGAAAAGGUAAAGGUGGAAAAGGUAAAGGUGGAAAGCAGGACAAGGACUACAAUGAUGAUGACGAAGAAUAUGACAGGUUUAAAGGGUAUACAGAGGACGAUUAUAUGGAGGGGGUAGAGAACGAGGACAAAAAUAACAACAACAAUAGGGCUCAAGGGGGAAAGUACAUUUUUAUCUAUAUAACUAAAGCAAUAAGGAAAAAAAUAAAAAUUGCAUUAUCCAAGUUUUAUGAAGGCAUAAAAGCGGACUCUAAAGAAAUUAUGUACUACAGACGAAAAGGCGGGGCAACAGUUAACUACAUUCUAGAUAAUAUCGUUUUAAAAGAUGAUUUAUCAAUCGUUGCAUGUUGUUAUGAAGGAGAUUAUCUGGAAUCAUCGCCUAUCGUGCAACAAAAUUAUUAUGAUGUCAAAAAAUCCCCCAAGGUGUAUUUACUAUAUAAGGCAUUAAAAGUAUAUUUUGGUAACGCAGACGAAAACAUCACAGGGAAUAAUAAAAUCCUGGAACAACUGGGUAAUACGUACGAUGGAUAUCACAAGUACAAUUAUUUAAGGAUAGAAAAUUUGAACGAAAAGGGAUUCUAUAAGAAUCAAACCCUAGCCCAGUUAAAAGACACCACAUUUGAGUUAAAGAUACAUGGAAAAAACAUCCCCCAUCACGAAUACACACUUUAUAUUGUCGAAUUUGACAACAACUGUUACAGACUAGAUCCAAAUGGCUACCAUGUAGAAAAUAAAGAGUACACUAUACACAGAAAUUAUAUCAUUUUUAAAAAUGUCAUUAUGUACAAAAGGAAUACUUACAAACUGUGCGUACUGGAUAAGACACAAGACACUUACAAUGAUGUAGGAAUUUUAAACAUUAACAAUUAUUAUGUAAAACCUGAAUCAUUCUUUGAUGAAAAUUUCAUUUCUUCCAAUCUUAAAAAAAUGAAUAUUAUACUAAACGUUUGUGUGAAUGACAAAUCUUAUGAUGCCUAUGUGAUAAAAAGACAGGGGAGUUUUAAAUUCACCCUUGAUAUGCAAAAACUAGCAUUUUCCGAAAAAAGUCAACAGCUGGAGGAAUUUUUCCCAGAAAUACAAAACCAUCAGUUAAUAUCUUGCAAAAUUGACGUAGAUUUUGAUGAACACUACAUCUACGUAACCGACUUAAAUCUGAGAAGAAUUGCGCGCUUUCAAAUUCUCUCUGAGGGGAAUGCUAUUAAUAUUGUCAACAAAGGGAAACGGAAAAGAAGCAUUCAAGACAAAGAUUUAAGAGUCUACAAAAGGAACACUCCCAUGGGUGAACAAGGAACGACUAGUAAAAAGAUCACACUUUAUUACCCAAAGGAGGGUCGCAAUUUCUACACCACACAUUUGGUGCGUGCUCCCUUCCAUGGUGCUGUUUACCCUGUUGAUGCGGAAAAUUUCAAAACAACAUUAUUAACGGAUAAAGAGGCAGCUAAAAAUGAUGCCACAGUGCUAACAAAAAGGAGUAAACGGAGCGCAGAUUCCUAUAUCGAAAAAGCUCAUCAAAAUUUAUUACAUCUUCGUACGUUAAGAAGGGAUAUGCGGAGCGAAAAAGAAAGAACUGCUCGCCUCCGAAGGGUGGAAGAAAGCGCUAUCCACAGUAACUCACGCGGGGAACAGAUAAAAUUAGAUGCCAAUGCCAUUGUCGAUGAUUCGAAAAAAUCCCCCCCCCAAUCGGUAGAAAAUAAAGAAGAAAACAUUCUCGUCAAAAAUGUAAUGGAGUUGUACAGCUAUCUACAAGCAAUGGUAAACAACAACGGAUUGACCAACUACCUCUAUGGAUUACUUGGCUCACAAAAAAUAUCAAAGAAGAGAAACGUCAUGUACAGCUUUCUCGAUUUUUUCAAAAAUGCGAAGAAAAGAGACCCGUCUAGCGGAAAUAAAAACGAAAUGCACCGUCAGAUAGUACCUUCCAGGAUGCCUGCAAGAGCAAAGAGACAGGUCAGCCGACCAGUUGCACGCAGCACAACCUCUGCUAGACCGCGCAGCACCGUUUCUAGAAAAAAAAGAGAUGCUACUGAAUCUGUAGACCAUUCAGUUUACGACGAAGCGAUCGAAAAGAAUAUUAAAAAGCUAAUCACUGUGGUGAAAACGAACAAUUAUUUAACAAACAAAAUGGAUCACCUGGACUUGAAAGGAUAUCAAAAUCCGCUAUUCAUUAGCAUACAAGAUGAUAUACUCUACAUACUGGAUUCUACAAAGAGUAAUUUUUUAAGCUACGAUUUGAAAAAUAAAAAAAUCAUACAACUGGAACACUAUAGCGCUGCAGAGCAUAAGUUCUUUUUAAAAAACCCAUUAAAUUUUUCCAUAUAUCGUGGGGAGCAAACUGGACACACCCCACAUAGAACCAAUGUAGCAUUCGUGACACAAAUACGAAGUAACGAAAUUAAAAUUAUCGAUUUGAGUAAAAAUAAAUAUAGAAUAGUCAAAGCAAUAAGGCUGGAGAGAGGCUACAGACAUAAUGGAGUGAAUAAAGUCAUAGCAAUAGAUCAGAACUUACUAAUAAUUACAUCUCAUAUCAACGCAGAAAAUAUCAUUUAUCAUUAUCAUUUCAAUUCAUUUGAUCAGUACUUUAGUAUUUCCUUCGAAUACACUUUUGCAAAAAAUUAUAACUCAAAUGAUGAUUUAAAUAUUGCACCAGAAAUAGACAUAUACAGCGAUUCAGUCAUCUUCUUCUGCUUUCUAAACUCUAACGAUCUAUGCACAAAUGUGGAUCCAUUGACAAAAUUAGAAAUAUCAACUGAAACAGGAGUAAUAACUGGAAAAUUAAAUCACUUUGGAUAUUUCCAAUUAAAGAUUUUUGCUAAAACACAUUUUCAACACCAAGUUAAGGUAUAUAAAGAUUUAUAUUCCUACUGUGACGUAGGGAAACAAUUUAACUACACAAAUCAAACGUGUGAGAGUUGUCCUAUUGGAACCUUCUGGGAUAGCGUAGAAUUAAAAUGUGAGAGCUGCAAGAAACAUUUUAAAAACACUUCUACCUUGAAAAGUGGAUCUAAGUUAAUAACAGAUUGUCUUUGCUCAGCUGGGUAUGAAUAUUCAGAAAAAACUGCCAGUUGUGAACAGUGUAAACCUGGUUAUUAUAAAAAAUCGACUGGUAAUUUUAUUUGUAUCAAGGGAUGCCCCAUUAACAAAAAGAGUACUAUCUACGGAGCCAAGAGUUACAACGAAAUGAAUUGUAAAUGUAGUGAAGGCUAUUACGAACUUAAUGGAAAAUGUUCUUUAUGUCUCAAAAAUUACUACUGUCCCGGAAACAAUCAACUGAUACCAUGUCAAAAAAACAAAAUGUCCCCAGAAGCAGUCACAUCCGCAAAUCAGUGUGUAUGUAAGGAAAAUUUUAUCUACAAUGAGAAUAAUCAAUCGUGCACUUACUGCACUUCUGUUGGCAAGGUAAAAGACCAAGUUAUCUACUGCUCCCUGUGCGAUCCGAAAUAUUUGGACACGAAUAUUUUUGCAAUCCCAAAUGACCACAACUACGGUUUGGUGGACAAAAUAUACAAUUAUGAUGAGGACCUCCUCCUACAAGAUAAGACAUUACAGUAUGCCUAUUUUGAUAACAAUGGCCGUAAAAAUGGCCGCCCAGAUGGCCGCGAAAAUUACCACGCCAACUUUCGAACUCUUAACAUUAACAGCGAACUCGUUUUAGGGAACAAUCAGGACGAGCCGAACAGGGAAACGUUUGCAAUAGAAGUAGACAUGCCCAAACCAACCAAGUGCCUAUUCUGCGAAAGUGGGUACUUUAUGGAUAUCAAAAAGGAAAGUUGUCUACCGUGUAGUAACAAAUACUGCGAAGGGUUCGCCAAAAAUCAAAAAGGAUGCCCCAUCAACUCUAUUGUGAACGGUAUAAUGGCCUCCUCCAUUUUUGACUGCAAAUGCAAAAUUGGAUAUGGUUCCAUAAAUGAAAGGAGAAGCGCAUUUAACAAGAAACUCAGCUGUAAAUUAUGUCCGAAGAAUUUCUUUAACCAUAACUUGUCAGAGCACUACUGUCUUCCCUGCCCACAGCACACCUACACAAUAUCAGAGGGAUCCACGUCCAUCCUGAACUGCCUCCCUGUGGAGGGAUACUUCCUUCUCAUGUUCAAGAGCAUAGGCAUAGAGUACAUGAGGUAUAAAUUCGACAUCAACUCGGAAAACAGAAUUUACAGCUAUUUCCAGGAUAGCGUGAAAAGCUUCGACGACGACGUGUAUGAGUUGUUUUUGAACCAAAAUUUUGAGCAGCUUUUCGACGAUGUGAAUAAAACCUCGGACAAGAGGGGGAAGCAAAAUAACGAAGCGCCGUUGCCUCCAGAGGGGCAGAAGAAUAACGAGGCGCCCUUGCUUCCAGUGGGGCAACAGAAUAACGAGGCGCCCUUGCUUCCAGUGGGGCAGCAAAAUGACGAGGCGCCGUUGCCUCCAGAGGGACAAAACUACGCGAAGGACGCGCAAGAUAACAAAUACAACUUGAAACACUUGAGAAACUUGGGGUUCCUAAAACGGACGUCCCUCUUUUACAUAUACACCGUACUACUGAAUAAUAUUGAAGAAAAUUACGACUGGGAAUCGGAUAAGAUGCUGAAGGUCACGUGCCACGUUAAUCUGCACCUCAAGAGCAGCACCAACUUUACUGUCUCGUAUAAACCCAAUUUACAGUCCUGCGUAGACAGCUGCAAAACGAAUAUCUACUGCACAGGGGUGGAAUUCUCAAGGAAAAAGGUAGAAUACACACAAAUAUUUUUAAAACAGAAUCAAAAAAUAAUUGUUGGAUAUUUUAAAUGUAAGCAUUACUCUUUCGAAAGUAUAUAUGAUUAUAUUUCUUCUGAUGUGGACAAUUUUUUGGAUGAAAAUAUGGAAAAUACGGUCGUGUCCAGAACUCCUUUAGCUUAUACAGACUCUAUAUUAAGAAAUAAAAACAACAUCAUUUUUACCUGCUCUAUCGAUAGAGACAAAAAAUUUUUACUGUAUAAGCAAUAUCAAGUGGCUGGAUGCUUUAUGGGGAAAUUCUGUCCAGGCAAUCACACCCCUUACUUGAUAUCCUGUCCAAAUAACUCAAAAACGGUAGUUACUCUGGCAAGGCAUAUGGAUAAAUGCCUAUGCCAGGAAGGCUACUCCUAUGUCGGAAAUGCGACGCUUAGAUGUGCGGUAUGCGAUAGAGGGACAUACAAAAAUUACGUAGGAAACUUCAAGUGCGAAAAUUGCCCCCUAACCUUUUCAACGGUAAAUAUAGGAUCAACCAGUAUUAACGAUUGUUCUUGUACUCCAGGAAAUUAUCUCACCUUUGACACGUUGCAAAAUUUUAUCAAUUCGGAAAAAAUUAACUACAAAAAUAUUAUUGAUCAAUAUUUUAUUGUGCAAAAAAAGAAACAAACUGACGUAUAUUACAGGACAGAAAUAGUGAAAAUCAGCUUGAAUAACCUAAACAGGAUAGAAGUUAAUGAAGGAACUAAUCAAACGUUAAAGCGUGAGAUAGCGGUAUGUAAGCCAUGCUCUCUCGAUAAUCACUACUGCGAAGGAGGACUCGAAUCGGAUAUCAUAUUCAACAACAAACGUUUCCAAGGCCAAUUUCACACUUUGCCAAAAAAAUGCCCCAAGGAUUUAGUCAUUCCAAAAGGAAUAAUACAGAGAAGCUCAAUAAAUAACUGCAUAUGCAUUCAUGGAAAAUUUUUAAGAAGAUCAGAAGAUAAAAAAGUAGAAUGCAUCCCAUGUCCUCCAAAUACAUUCAAGGAAAAUGAAUAUGAUAACAGCUGCUCUGGGGUCUGUCCACACUUCUCCUCAACGUUUAUAGGUUCGUCAUACGAAAACCAAUGUUUCUGUAAAAACAAUUAUUAUCUGGUCACCACAGAAGAUGACAACAACGUCGAGAAUAUUACUAACCCCCCAGAACGUAGAAGACUUGCCAAAAGUGGGAAACCCACCAAAAGUUGCAAACCAUGCCCCAAAGGAGCCGUAUGUAACAGAGGCUUCAAUAUUGACCUCUUUCUCCAUCUUCUAAAAGACAGGGAAUAUAACAAUAUAGACAUUUUAGACCAUGAAAAUCCAUAUCCGCUAUACGGACAUUAUGCAGUCUAUAAAGAAAAACACCCAAUCAGUGAUUGGAACCCCCUACAGGAUAAUGACGAGUUAAAAUAUUUCUACCCUUAUUACAAUUUACUCCUGUUUAUUCAGAAAAAUGUGGAAAGCAGGAAUUACUUCUUUUUCCAAAAAAGCAAUGAUAUGUAUCUAAAUAUGGAAUUCAUAGAAGCCUUAAAAAAAAAGAAUGAGAAUAAGAAGGCAACAGACGCAGUCAAAGGGGGCGAAGCACAUAAUGUUCUAUUCCACCAGACAAAUGCGAUCUCGUUUUUGAACUACGAUCAGAAGGAUAGAAAAACUGUAAAAAAUUCAAACGAGAUGAUCCCAAACAAUCAUACGAAUGGUAUUUCUACUUAUUUAAAAGAAAUGGUGCCGACUACCCUACUAGCUAAGCUUGAACCAAGAUCAACCCCUCCCCUUCUACGAAGUAACGAAAUGAAAUACUCCUUCGAAGAAAUGUUCAAUAAAUACAUAGAAGAGGCAAAAGAAUUGAGAAAAAAAAACAACAAAUUUGAAAGAUUGCCAGACAUUCAUGUUUGUACUAUACCUGAUAGGUGUCUAGGAACAAUAACCAACCUGUGCCAGGAAGGGUCAACAGGAUACCAAUGCAAUAAUUGUCAAAAGGGCUACGACAUUAGUCAUUUCAAGUCCAAGUGUCACAGAUGUAAAAAUUUUUUCAACGAAAUAUUCCUUAUGAUAUUAUUAAAAAUGAUUUAUUAUGUAAUCAUUAUUCUUAUCGUUUCACUCAACUAUAAUAGUUGUUUCAACAAAUUGUACAUAAGUGGUAUUCUGAUGAAAAUUUGGUUCAAUAGCUCCUUUACCCUUGUGGCAUAUGGAUUUUUUUCACCCGCAGCCAAUUUAUUUAUUACCAAAUAUUGGCACAUUUACAAAAGCGUGUUUCUCUCCCAUUUGAAAAUGUUUUCGUAUUACUUGAGGGUUGGCUGCUUCUUCCACUCGUACAAUACAGAUGUGCACUACAACGAAAUCUGGUACAUACAAAAGUAUGUGAAUAUCUUUACCCCCCUCUUCGACGCCGUUUCUAUAACGCUCAUCAUGUUUUUUAUCCUUCACGUGUACAAAUUUAUCUGCAGAAAGAAGAUACAGAAAUUUGAGUACCUCUUGUGGACAAUUCCGGAGCUGAAGGUGAAAUACGACUUGGAUUCCCUAACGAAUGAGCCGGACGGAAAAGCAUUUCCCAAAAAGGGAAAGAAAUCGAAAAUUUACGUGUCUAACAAAACGAAGGAGGACGACCAAGAUUCGUGCAACCAUUCGACAGUAACGCACGAUUUGGAAAAAAAUGGCUCAAGUGAUAAGGAAAACCUGGGGAAACUAAAUGACAAAUUCACCCUGAUUGAUAAAAACGCUCCAGAUGUUCCUAAUCGGACGAACAAAAAACAUGUCCAAGUGUCUUGUGAAGACGAUGUCCUUCAUCAUAAUGUAGAUGGAGACAAUCAAAAUGGGGAAUGCCCAAAGUACGAAUUAAAAUACCUAAACAGUGACGAAAAAAUGUACGAUAUUUUUCUAAACGAAACGGUUGAGUAUAUUUAUAAUAAGAAGAUUUUCGGACCCUGGCGAUUUAUGCAUAAAAGAAAUGAAAAGUUAGGAAGGAGACUCCUGACAUUUUUACACGACACAUUCCCCUGUUACAUUUUGCUGAUUGCCCUAUCAUCACCCUACGUACUUAUGGAAGUGAUUCAACUCGCAUUCUGUAAACCGAUAAAAUACAAGUCCCAAGAAUCGGAGCUUUACUUAUCUUAUUUGACCACGCAAAAGUGUACCCUUUCUGAUAAUUCCUUCUUUACAGGAAUUUUGGUAGUUAUCCUGGCCUUAUUCUUCUAUGUUGGCAUUUUUACACUAUUGAUAACCCUAUAUUCGAAGCGCAAUAAGUAUAAAUUGUUUGACAUUUUACUGUCCAAUUUAUUAGCAGGGUAUAAAGAAGGAAGGGAAAUCUUCGAAUUUAUAUUUAUCCUGAAAAAUAUCAUUUUGGUGUUACUAAUAACUUUCAGUAUACACUACGAAUUGUAUUAUGUCAUCCUAAUCACGGUCAUAUUAACAACAUUCUCCAUCCUGGAGAUUUAUUCCAACCCCUUUGAUGGAAGAUCCUUCAACAUCCUCAACAUAUCUUUGUGCAUUGGGAAUGUCCUAAACAUUUUCGUUGCCCUAACCAUUUGGGGAAGUUUCUACUGGAACUAUGAGAAGUUUUUUUUUAUCCCUAUCCUGAUUAUCCUCUUUUACCACCUCUAUAUGCUCCACAAAGUGAUCCGAGAAAUUAUCUUAUCUAGACAUUUUAUCCACACAGAAAAUUUUAUAAGUAUAAAGACAGCUGUGUAUGGGGAAAAUAACAUUAAGCAUAAUAACUAUAAACUGUACUACAAAGUUAUGAAUAAAAUCAAAUUCUUCCUAAGUAAAAAUCAAAAGAAAAAUAUAUCCAAACUGUCUCCAAAUAAUGAUGGUCUAAAUAAAACAAACAUUAAGUCUAAGGAAAAUAUAAAAUUUGAACCCAUAGAGAAUAUCAUAAAAAGGUAUAACAUCAACUUGAAGGACCAUUUAUCCAAAGGAAAAAGUGUAAACAAUAAUGAGGAAGUGGAAAAGAAGAAAAAGGAAAUGUUCUGCAUAAAGAAAAACCACCUACCCGUAAACAUCCACAACGUAGCGCUCCUAUGGUAUGACGAACAAAAUGAAGAUUUGCUAUUUCAAAUGCCUUUUGAAAACAAAUUCUGCCUAGACUUAAAUGGCGAUAAAGCUAAAAAUAACAAGAAGAAAUUCUUUUCCUUCUUUCCAAAUUAUGCAAGCGAUAAAAGAAGAAAAAAAAAUAUUAAAUAUUUUGUAUCAGCCAUAAUAGAAAUUAUCGACAAGUUCUUGUGUGCAUCUAAGAUGGGUUCGAUCUACGAAAAUUGGUUCGACUUUUCCAUGAGGUUUGCCUUUGUUUACAUAUCAUGGAUUAAAAAAAUGAAUAAAACCAAUGUUGUCCUUCCACAAAGCAUGGAUCAGUUAAAAAUGAACAUAGACCAGUAUGUGUUCUUUCCUCUAUUUUAUAAAUGUGAACUGAUCAAUCAGCAAAGAAGAAAGUUCAGCGUCUCUUCGAACACCCGUGGGGACCACCCCGCAAACAGUGAGCCAAUCGAAGCGUUGGAAAAGAAACACAGCUUUGAAAACACAGAAAUAAAAAUUAGUCGCAGCUAUGGAUCGUAUAACCAUAUGGGAAGCCUAAAAAAUAGGAAGCACGCCCAUGAGAGAAAUAAAAAUGUCAUGAAUGACAACUCCUCGGAUGAUGCGCCAUCUAAUAAAGAUGCAUCCUCAAAGGCGAAAAAUGAAACCAGGGAAAGCAGUGAAGAGCAAGGACAAAUGGGCGUUCUAAGCUAUCUCAAAAAAAAAGAGAGAAAAAAAAAAAAGGCCCAAGCAAAAUUAAAAAAAAAAUCGAUCAAAAUGGAUAACCCGGAGAUACCCAACCACAUCAACCAAAACGACCAUUCUUACAAAUUUGAAAAUAUUUUUAACCACUCCAUGGAUAUCUUUUCCUCAGAAAUGUUUAAUGAAAGCACAUUCAACAUGCUCAUCUCCCUAUUCGAAUUGUACAUAGCUAUGAAAGCGUUAAAGUCAAUGGACAUGCAAAGUUUUACCAAAUUGUAUCAACUUUAUAACGAAAAAUUCAUACGAUUUGAAAAAAGUCUUGUAUUGUACAUAAAUAAACUGAGGGAUGAAAUAAAACUAGAAACAGAAGAAAUCGAUAAUGAAAUAAAAACAGGCGAUACUGCAGAAAAAAUGAGAGUGAAAAAUUAUUACUUCUAUAAGGAAGAAUUAAAUAAGAGAAAAAAACUUGAGCAAGAAUUAAUGUCCAAAAUUGAAUGCCUACAAGACUGUAUAGACGUAAACGAAAAGUCCCAGUCGUUAAGAAAUAUACUGAAAAAUUCUCGGAAGAGCAAACCAUUCGAUGGAAACGUGGAUGAAGAUAUUCAUUAUAUCUUCUCCGUUCUGCAAAAUGAAGGCACUUACAAAUUGGACCAUUCGAAGACGAAGGAACCAAACGAGUGA